AUGAAGGGCUUCCUCUUUGCUGGUAUCAUCGUCAUGCUCACGGUUGCAGCUGUAGAAUCCUUGAGUUGUGUGCAGUGUAAUUCGUUGACAGACUCCUGUGUUGACAGAAAUGCCAUUGAGUGUCCCGCAAAUGCCGGUAUCAGCUGUACCACUUUCUUGACGAACUUUUCUCUAGGAGAAAACAUCCCAUUGUACGAGGAUAAGGCCUGCUCUGCGGAUAAUUGCAGCGAGGCCGUGGUUGAGACCUUCACAGUCCACGUAUCUGCUAAUGAAAGCUUCCAUUUUGCAAGCCAGUGUUGCCAAGGAAAGGCGUGCAAUGACACCAAUGACACCAUAGAUCCCCCACAGGAAGAGGUGUCCAGCAACACAGAGUGCCUUGCAUGUUAUGGAUCUAAUGAAACUUCCUGUAACGGGACAACCCGGAAAUGUUAUAAAGAAGAAAGAUGUGUCAAUCUAACCGCAGAAUUUAAGAAUGAGAUGAAGCUCGUGCUGAAAGGCUGCUCCAAGGUCAGCAACUCCGCCUGUGAGUUCCUGGCUACUGAAAAUCGGACGGUUGGAAGAGUCACUUUCCUAAAGUUUCAGUGUGGAGACAGCUCCGAUGCCUCCUCAACACCCACUCCCACUACCUCGACCCCCUGUGACAUUGGCUCUAAAGUCUUCUUCACACCCAUGACCCUUGCCAGCCUUCUCCUGCUGGGGUUGCUGCUCUGA